UUAGUUAAUUCUGACUAAAAUGACUUCUUACUCUCUAUUUCCUCUAUUUAUUGAAAUAUAAAGCAGAAUGUGGAAAUACAUGAGCGUGGGCCUUGUCUGUUCAGUUAACCUCCCAGAAAAGGAUGAUUUUUCAGUAGUUUCACAGCUUUUUAUUGGUUUCAACAAAAUGAAUAUGAUUGGUUGGCUACAGCCGGGGAGGAGUCCUGGUCUAGACGCUCUGGUCUGGGACAGAAACAGAAAGUCCUUCCUCCCUGAACCUCCCUGACAUAGACACUAAUAGAUAGAACCUAGAAAAUCCCAACUUAUUAUCACAUGUCUAGACAAAAUAAAUAAAUAAAAAUCCUAACAGAUGUUAAAUGUUGGAAUGGAAUUAGCACAAGAAAAAAAAAAUCCCUACAUUUAUAAAACUGCUCACUUCUUGUUUUUUGGUUCCUGAUUUUUCUCCAGUUACGAUAAAACUGUUCUAUCACAUCCGUCCCUUCAUUCAGCUCAUUAUUCUUCUGUGGUGACAAGUUGCUCCUGAGCCUCUGGUUACACAUUAACAGGUUCAGACCAGUGAUGAUGGAUGAGCCAGUCGCUUAGAGAGCAAAUACAAAAGUUCCUGUUGUAACCUCAUCGCUCUAAUAACAUCUGAAUUACUUCUGCUGAACAAGCCUCCACCUACACAGCCGAUAAGCAGGAACUCACCCACACAUGCUGCACAGUUUGCUGCAUGGACUCUGGUCAUUGGUCACGCCCUGCAAAACUUCCAGCAAGGUGGGAAGAGAAGAGGCUAAAAGGCAAAUCCAUCAAAGGUAAAGCACCUAAAGCAGCUCGGUGUCGAAAGCCAUCAUGGUCACGCUGAACGUCGGGACUCUGAUAUCCCCCGUGGGGAUAGUGAGGAUCCUGGAGGUGAUCUUCACCUGCAUCUCCUUCAGCCUGGUGGCAUCGGUGGGACACAGCACCGACUCCUUCUGGACCUGGUGCAUGUUCACCUGGUGCUUCUGCUUCUGCGUCACCUUGAUCAUCAUCAUCCUGGAAUUCAUCGAGCUCAACCCCAAGAACAUCAUCUCCUGGGACGACUUCACCACCGCGUUCGCCAUGCUGGCUACGCUAAUGGUGCUGGCCUCCUCCAUCAUCUACGCCGUCUUCUUCACCUGCCCCUCCUGCAGCAAACAGGUCGGAGCAACGGUUACGUCCUUCGUGGCCUUCAUCCUGUACGCCAUCGAGGUCGGGAUGACCCGAGCCAAACCCGGAGAGAUCAGCGGAUUUCUGUCCACGGUCCCGGGCCUCCUCAAGGUCCUGGAGGCCUUCGUGGCCUGCAUCAUCUUCAUCUGCUUGGGCUACAACCAGUACUGGCGGCAGCCGGGCCUCCAGUGGUGCGUGGCCGUCUACUCCGUCUGCUUCAUCUUCGCAAUCGUCAUCAUCAUUUUCACCAUCUGCCGUUUGCUGACUUUAUUUCCCGCCCCGUUUGACAAAAUCCUGACGGCCUGCAAUGUCCUGGCGGUGCUGAUGUACCUGACGGCCGUGGUCAUCUGGCCCCUUUACAGCUUCAGAAACAACUCCAGACCAUCCAACUGCUCCACCCUGUGUCCCUGGAACAUGUUAGUCGUCAUCUCCUUCAUGACCGCUUUCAACCUGGUCACUUACAUCGUGGACACGGUUUAUUCUUUAAGGCUGGUCUUCUUCGUCACCAGGACGUAGGUUCAUUACGUGAUCAGUCUUUGGACUGUGUAUGUUUUGGUCAUUGAAUUUUUUCCGUUCAGAGAAGGACAAUUAAAAAAAAAAAAAAAAAAUGAGCGGUUAUUUGAUUUUCAUUUCAAAGUUCAAAAAUUUAAAAUUCAAAUUCAAGGACGAGAACGGAUAAACAAAACCUUAAAAAUUUUCUGUUUCUAAAAAUAAAAAAUAAAAUCGUUAGAAGACAGAAACAAAAACAAAAAAAAUGUUUUUUUCAUAUCGUGCGACCGGAAGUUGUGGUUUUCAAAGUAAGAGCACGUAUGAGGACGGCGCUGCGCGACAGAAGUUGAUGGAUUCGUACUUUUUUUCUCGAAAUAAUUAAAGAGUCUCGGUGAGGAGGACGUGACUGCAGAAAAAUUAAAAAGUACAUAUAAUUAGGGGAUAAUUAGCUACUAGCUAAUAUUCCUCUGAUACAUGUGCAGAGAUGAGAAACCGCACCCGUGUCAAAAAUCA